AGGGCGGAUGCAUCGCCGCUCUAGGUGUUGCUCUGGACUCAGGAACAGUUUCCCUCUGCGCUCCAUAGCGUUCGGUAUUCUUGCUCGAUCACUGUUACUCCCCCAAUACUUCAGAUUUAAAGGAGUGUUCAGCGAACAGCACACACAGUUUCGCACUCUUGUCCAACAAAAUCAAUUCUUUUUGUCUCUCACAAAUUACGUCAAUCUUUAAUCAAAUUCUCGGUUAUAUCGUUCAAUCGACACGACGGGGCAAAAUUGUAUUUACUUUUCUUCAAAAGAAUCACCACGUUGGAAGGGAAAAUCUUUUCGGUUGUUGGAAACUUUUUCUCCACUUCGCCUUUGGUGAAUCAACUAAAGGAACUCAUGCGCCUGAUUCCUGCAACAGACAACAACGGAGUCCGCUCCCAAAAUGAUCAUGCACGAUCACGAUCACGAUCGCGAUCGCGUCACAGAACAAGUCUCUACAUCUCAUUAGCCAACGUUCCGACGCGCCAAAGCAGCGGACUGCAGCAGAGUGGUAGUACCAGUAGCACCAGCAGCAGUAGCAGUCACCACAGAACUACUCCGCAGACCGCCACCUCUGCGGCCGAUCACACCAAGAGGAACGGCGUGCCAGAGGGUCACAAGCACGUCUCAAAGUCCCAGAUGAAAGAGUUCCGUGAGGCAUUCAGACUGUUCGACAAGGAUGGUGAUGGCAGCAUCACUCAGGAGGAGCUGGGUCGCGUCAUGCGAAGUCUGGGGCAAUUCGCCCGUGAGGAAGAGCUCCAGCAGAUGUUACACGAGGUAGACAUAGACGGUGAUGGCAAUGUGAGUUUUGAAGAAUUUGUUGAGAUUGUGUCAAACAUGGGGGCAGCCACCGACCGGACUGCUGAUCAGGAAGAGAAAGAGCUCCGGGAUGCAUUUAGGGUGUUUGAUAAACACAACCGAGGUUACAUCAGCGCCUCAGACCUCAGAGCUGUGCUGCAGUGUCUUGGUGAAGACCUCUCAGAGGAGGAAAUUGAAGAUAUGAUCAAAGAAGUUGAUGUUGAUGGAGAUGGUCGCAUCGACUUUUAUGAAUUUGUCCAUGCUUUGGGAGAGCCAGGGGAAGAAGAGGAGUUGGAUGAAGACGAGGACGACAGGGAUGAAGCUGGAGUAGUACAUCAGUGAAAAACAUCUUGGUAAACAAAGCCACAACCUGGAGACAAGACACUUCAUUCUUACUGUGAAAUUAUGUGGCAGUCUUUAAAUAUUCUCUUUGCUUUAUUCUCACAUGUUACAUAAUUUAUGUCUUCUUCCAUAUUGUACCAUAACUUUAAAAAUUUUCCAAGUUAAACUUCAAUGAGUGAAUUCAUACAACUGACUGAAGAAAUAUUAAGAAAAAAUAUUUUUAAAAGUAUCACUUGUUCAAAAAUUGAAUUACAUCUCCUAUGUUUGUAUGAAAUUCAUAUUCCCUGUUACACCAAACACAAGUUACCAACGUCCAUAUUGCACUUGAACACAGUACUACUGUUGAGUAUUAUAUGUGAAUUGAGCUUCAGCUGAUCAAGCAAUGUGUACUUAAAUAUAUAAAAAAAUGUGCCAACAUUUUUCUAAUGUAAGCAUAUGUAUAUGAUGCCAUUACUAAUUAUCAGAUUAACAUAUUGAUAAAUGUAUAUUUGUGAUUGUGUGCUGAAUAAAUAAAACUAUAAAGCAACUAGA